AUGGUUUCAGAUUAUACUUCAAGAUUGCUAGUAGUAGUAAAUGAAAAAAAAAGAUAUGGUGAGACGAUAGAUGAAGAGCAAGUGGUAGAAAAGAUACUUCUCUCAUUGGAUGAAAAAUUCAAUUUCAUCAUUGUAGCUAUUGAAGAAUCAAAGGAUUUGAGUAAAAUGUCCAUUGAUCAACUUAUGGGUUCCUUACAAAAAUGUAGGAAUAAAGUAGAAGAAAAUGAAAAUUAUGCUGAGAAAGAUGAAGAAAGCAUUGAGUCAUCUUUACUUCUAGCAUGUAAAGAUGAAGAAACCUGUGAAAUUAAUGCAUGGUAUCUUGAUAGCGGUGCAAGCAAUCACAUAUGUGGAUGUAAGUCAAUGUUCGUGGAACUUGGUGAAUCUAUUGGUGGUAAUGUCAUAUUUGGUGAUGCCACAAAAAUUCCUAUUAAAGGAAAGGCAAGGAAGAACAUGGUGAAAGGACUGUCAUAUGCCAAACAUCCAGAUCAAUUUGUGACGAUUGUCUUUAUGGCAAGCAAUAUCACUUAUGCACAUGUACUUGAUCAAAAGCGUAGAAAGCUCGAUCAUAAAAGUGAGAAGCAUAUUUUUGUUGGCUAUGAUGCAAGCUCAAAAAGUUAUAAGCUUUAUAAUCAUGCUACAGAGAAGACAGUGGUAAGUAGAGAUGUUGUGUUUAAUGAGGAAGUAACAUGGAAUUGGAAUGAUGAACUAAAAGACUACAAGUUUUUACUUUUUCUUAAUGAUGAUGAUGAGUCUAGUGACAUUGCUUCUCCAUCAACACCAUCAAUGUCGCCAAUCACUCCACAACAAAGCAUAUCUUCAUCAUCUAUAAGCUCAAGUGAAGGACCUCAUGGCAUGAGAAGUUUAUGA